AUGGCCUACAGGGCAGAGGACGAAUAUGAUUACCUCUUCAAGGUGGUGCUCAUCGGCGACUCCCGCGUUGGCAAGUCGAACCUCCUGUCCCGUUUCACCAAGAAUGAGUUCAGCGCCGAGUCCAAGUCCACCAUUGGCGUCGAGUUCGCCACCCCCAGCAUCCACGUCGAAAGCAAGGUCAUCAAGGCCCAGAUUUGGGACACCGCUGGCCAAGAGAGGUCCAUCUCUCUUCCCACACCCUCCUUCCCGGUCUCUCUUCGUAAUCUCUUCUCUCUUUCUAUCCCUCUCGUCUUCUUCGAAGAAGAUACAGAGCCAUCACCAGAGCGUACUACAGAGGGGCCGUGGGGGCCCUGCUGCUCUACGACGUGACCAGGCAAAUCACCUUCGAGAACGUGGAAAGAUGGCUCACGGAGCUCCGGAGCCACAGACGCGAGCACAGUUACCAUGCUUGUCGGUAACAAGGCCGACCUGCGCCACUUGCGCGCCGUCGCCGCCGAGGACGCCCAGUCCUUUGCUGAGAGGGAGAAGAGUUUCUUCAUGGAGACCUCCCCCCUCGAGUCCGUCAACAUGGAGAGCGCCUUCACAGAGGUGCUCUCCCACAUCCAUCGCGUCGUCAGUAGGAGGGCUCUGGAGGCCGCCGGGAACGACCCCGGCGAGGCUGCUCUGAGGGGUCAGACCAUCAGCGUCAACAUCAAGGAAGAUGUCUCCGCCACGAAGAAACCCCCCUGCUGCCCUUCUUAG